AAAAAAAAAAGAUAUCCCGGACUCUGUCAGGUCGUCGCCACCAUGACUGAGGUUUCGUCUACCCGGCUCUACCUGGGGAACCUCCCUCGAAAUGCUACCAAGGCCGAUGUCGAGGCUCACUUUGCGACCCACGGCACCGGAGAGAUUACCGAAGUGAAGCUUAUGAAUGGCUUCGGAUUCAUCGAGUAUAAGGACGCCAUGGAUGCUCGCGACGUCGUUCCAGCUUUCCAUGGAUCCGACUUUAUGGGAGAACGCCUCACCGUCCAGUUUGCCCGUGGAGCUCGACACCGAGAGGGCGGCAUGGGGCACGAGCGUGCGCCGCCGCGACCGCGUAGAACUCCUCACCGAAUGCAGAUCACGGGACUUCCCAAUGAUACCAGUUGGCAGGACCUUAAAGAUUUCGCCCGUCAGUCAAGCCUUGAUGUGGUGUACUCUGAGACCGGCCGCGACUCCAAUGGUCGAGGCUUUGUCGAAUUCGAGACUGCUGCAGACCUGAGAACAGCCGUUGAAAAGCUUGACGGCCGUGAGUUCAAGGGCGCUCGUGUCCAAUGCCUGGUUGACACUCAACCCGAUAUGCCCCCGCGGGAUCCCCGUGGCCGAUCUCGUUCGCCUGGACGUAGGCCAUACCCACCCCCGCAGUUUGAUAACUAUGACCGCCGAGGCGGCCCUCACCGAGGUUACAGCCGCGAAGGUGGUCCAUCGUACGGCUACCGUGACAGAAGCCCUCGCCGUGACUACUAUGAUGACCGGGCACCGCGCUAUCGUUCGCCCCCUCGCCGGCCAGUGGAAGAUUACCCGCCCCCUCGAGGCCGCUAUGAUGAGCCUUACCGCCGCGAUUAUCCACCUCCUCCUGCCGACCCUUAUGUCAACGGCGGUCGACCUGCCUAUGACCGGCCACCUAGAGACUUUCCUCCUAGGGAGCCAGCAUACCCUCGAGAAGGAUAUGCGCGAGACUACGAUCGUGGUGGACGUUACUGGUAAAUCUUUCUUCUCCUCUAUUCCAUAUCUAUCUCUCUUGAGGCCCGCGCUGUAUAGCUCUGCUUUCCCAUGCUGCCUGUUUUUAUACGUCUUCUAUUUUAUACGCUCGCUCUCUUGGCGGAAUUGGCCUUGACCAAAUGUGAUAGAUGACCUACCACAAACGGACUUAUCAAUUCGAAAAGUUGGGGCGUAUGGUUUGCAGAAGCUGGUUGUUACGGGAUUUGUAUCUAGUG